AGGAUGGAGGCAUCUAUGCCCUCUAAAAGGAUGAAGAAACAACUAACGGGGAAACGUGAAGACAGUGUCUUGCAUAGAUUGGCUAGAGCUGGAAAUCUUGUUGAAAUAAAAGGGAUUAUCGAUAACAUGGGGGAUAAAGAAUUGACAGAGCUGUUGGUAAAGCAAAAUUCAGCUGGAGAGACUUCUUUAUAUGUUGCAGCAGAAUAUGGUUAUUGUGAUUUAGUUAAGGAGAUGAUUAAGUACUAUGAUCUUGCUGCUGCUGGAAUCAAAGCAAGGAACGGAUUUGAUGCGUUGCAUAUUGCUGCUAAACAAGGGGAUUUGGAUGUGGUGAAGGUACUAAUGAUGGUACAUCCUGAGCUCUCAAUGACUGUUGAUGUUGCAAAUACAACAGCUUUGCAUAGUGCAGCAAACCAAGGGCAUAUUCAGAUGGUGAAUUAUUUAUUGGAGGCAGAGAGUAGUUUGGCCACUAUUGCUAAAAGUAAUGGAAAAACAGCCCUGCAUUCUGCUUCAAGAAAUGGUCAUGUGGAAGUAGUGAAGGCCCUUUUGAAUAAGGAGCCAAGGAUGGCAAGCCGGACGGAUAAAAAGGGGCAAACUGCACUUCACAUGGCUGUCAAAGGACAAAACCUUGAAGUUGUGGAGGAGCUGAUUAGAGCAGAUGCUAAGUUGAUAAAUAUCAUUGACACGAAGGGCAAUACAGCAUUGCAUAUUGCAUCCAGGAAAGGAAGGGCUCAGAUUGUUAAGUUUUUACUUGGGCAGAACGAGACGGAUACCAAAGCUGUCAAUAGAUCAAAGGAAACAGCUCUUGACACUGCAGAGAAAAUGGGACAGGCAAAUAUUGCAGUCAUCCUACAGGAAGCUGGUGUACAAAGCGCCCGAGCCAUCAAGCCUCAGACUACAAAUCCAGCAAGACAGUUGAAACAAACAGUUAGUGAAAUAAAACACGAAGUACACUAUCAAAUGGAACACACGCGACAGACAAGAAAACGGAUACAUGGCAUUGCUAAACGCCUAGAUAAAAUGCACGCUGAAGGCCUUAACAACGCCAUCAAUUCUACCACAGUUGUAGCUGUACUCAUCGCCACAGUUGCCUUUGCAGCAAUUUUCUCUGUUCCAGGCCAAUACAUUGAGUAUCCAGAAGAUGUCCCACCAGGUCAUUCCCUUGGAGAAGCAAAUAUAGCUCCAACUCCCUCAUUCCUGAUAUUCCUCGUCUUCGACUCCUUUGCCCUUUUUAUAUCUCUGGCAGUUGUGGUUGUUCAGACAUCAAUCGUGGUAAUCGAAAGCAAAGCAAAGAAGCAAAUGAUGGCAAUCAUAAACAAGCUAAUGUGGUUAGCAUGUGUGCUAAUUUCAGUGGCAUUCUUGGCUCUGUCUUAUGUUGUGGUUGGCAAAAAUGAGAAGUGGCUGGCUAUUGUAGUGACUAUUAUAGGAACAGCUAUAUUAGUUACAACACUAGGGACUAUGUGUUAUUGGGUCAUAAUGCAUCGAAUAGAGUCAUCGAACAAGAGGAACAUUCGAAAGAACUCUCUGGCCAGUAGGUCCUUGUCCUGGUCAGCAUCAGUAGUCUCUGAUUCAGAUGUUCUAAACAAUAAAAACAAGAAAAUGUAUGCUAUAUAAAAUUUUGGAAAAAAAAUAAAUAGCAACUCUGUAAAUCCUACC